CCACCAUUCAAUUACUACUAGCAGUCUAGCACCCACAUCCUCUCCACAACUUUGUGAGCCUCAGCAGUAGCGAAGCCAUGGCGAAGGACAUUGAAGCUUCAGGUCCAGAAGCAGGAUUUCAAUCCAAGGACUACCAAGAUCCACCACCAGCACCUCUAAUUGACGCUGAGGAGUUCACCCAAUGGUCCUUAUACAGAGCAGUAAUCGCCGAGUUCAUAGCCACACUCUUAUUCUUGUACAUAACAGUUUUGACAGUGAUUGGCUACAAGAGCCAAACAGACCCAGCCAUGAACACCGACGAAUGCGGCGGCGUUGGAAUCCUCGGAAUCGCUUGGGCCUUUGGUGGCAUGAUCUUCGUCCUCGUCUACUGCACCGCCGGAAUCUCAGGAGGCCAUAUUAACCCGGCGGUGACGUUUGGGCUUCUCUUGGCUAGGAAGGUCUCACUGGUCCGGGCCGUAUUGUACAUCGCCGCCCAGUGUUUGGGGGCCAUAUGCGGAUGUGGGCUUGUGAAGGCUUUCCAGAAGUCCUACUACACCAGAUACGGUGGUGGAGCUAACGAGCUCGCUGAUGGGUACAACAAGGGCACUGGAUUGGGUGCUGAGAUUAUUGGCACUUUUGUUCUUGUUUACACUGUCUUCUCUGCUACUGACCCCAAGAGGAACGCAAGAGACUCUCACGUUCCUGUAUUGGCACCACUCCCAAUUGGGUUUGCUGUAUUCAUGGUGCAUUUGGCCACAAUUCCCAUCACUGGCACUGGUAUUAACCCUGCAAGGAGUUUUGGAGCUGCAGUGAUAUACAACAAGGAGAAAGCUUGGGAUGACCAAUGGUUAUUCUGGGUUGGACCCUUCGUUGGUGCUGCUAUCGCUGCAAUCUAUCACCAGUACAUCUUGAGAGCGGGUGCAAUUAAGGCCCUUGGUUCCUUCAGGAGCUCCUCCAAGAUAUGAAUCUGAGAACAUGGUUCACACCAGCUCAACCCUUUGACGACCAUUUGAAAUCAAAUAAACGAUGAUGUUAUGGUGGGGGAGCUUCAGUGUAUUGGGGACUUGUAUAUUAAUGUUAGUGGCUGAAUGUCAAUUGUCUCCUCUUUGUGUGAUAGGCACUAGUUUUGUUUGUGCUUAAUGUUGUCAUCUGCUAUGUUUUCUUCUUAAUUAAGGAUCCCUAUCGUUUUUGUUAGA